AUGGCUUUCCAGUCACCUCGCCAUUCUCAGAGCUUCUACCAAUAUGAUGCAUCUACCCCUCCACCACCCCCACCAAAGCCAGGCAAUUCAAGUGGAACAGCGACACCAUCAACAGGUCCUCCACUACCGCCGCCACCGCCUGGCCAUUCUCAAUCGAAUGGCGGUUCUCAAUUGACUUACUCUCAAAACGAGCCCCAGGUCGAUCCAUAUCAGCUAGCCGUCCAACCGCCCAAUGAUGGCUGGUUGCCUGAUCUUGUCCGAGACAAAGCAACAAAAGAUCUCCACCAUAUAUUGCAGAGUCCCGAUCUGCAGCACGCCAUCAUACACGACCCAGACACGGCACAUGGCUCGCUUCAAGCAUCGACAGCACCGUUGAAGGCACUCCUCACACAGAACAUUCAACUUGCAGAGUCACUGAAGCAACUUGAGGCACACGUACAGCACCAGCGUGACGGCACCCAAUCACGCCUGCUGUCUCUCCGAGCCCUAGAACGCCAAUGGAAAGCUAAGCAAGCAGAGCAGGACGAAGCUUUACGAGAGUUCAGCCCACCAGCGCUGUACCAGCGUUUAAACGCUGCAGUCAGUGAGCAAGAAGCUUUGUGUCGAGGUCUCGAAGAGAGCUUUUUGGAGGGAGAGGGGGUAGGCGGAAACGACGCGGUUGCUAGUGAACGAGAAGUGAUCGAUUUCGUGAGACGCAUAAGAGACGGACGGAAAGUCGCCUACCUGAGGGCAGAGCGCAAGGAAAGAUGGGAUGAGGGCCGAGUUGGUGGAUGGCGGUGA